AUUGGCAUUCCUGGAAUUUGAAUGAUUGUCACAAAUAAUCAUACAAGCAAGAAUAAAAGAACGUAAAAGUUGGUGAAUGUCGUAAAUGGGGCGUGGUAGAUAUCGAGUGAGAGGUUGAAACUUAUAGCUGGUAAAAGCUUGACCCAGUCUCUACUCAUUCCAUGGUUAGAACUCUUUAAAAGAUGGAGCAAUUGAGAAGUACCCUUCAAGAAAACAAUCAGGAACAUCUCCUGAGAUUCUACAAUGACCUCAGUGUUGAGCAGAAAGAGCAGUAUCUGUGCAAGCUCCAGGAAAUUGAUUUUCACAAGAUGGGACAGCUGUUUCAGGAUGCUCAGCAAUCCAUUGAAAGCGAAGGCCAGCUUUUAGACACAUUCAUGGAGCCUGUUUCAUCUGAGCAACUAGGUUCAUAUGAGAAUUGUGACCCUACUCUGAGGGAAAGCUACUACAACAGAGGCCUUCAAGAAAUAUCGAAAGGUACUGUGGCUGUUCUAAUUAUGGCUGGAGGACAAGGAACUAGACUUGGUGUAUCAUAUCCAAAAGGAAUGUAUAGUGUUGACUUACUCAGCAACAAAUCUCUGUUCCAACUGCAAGCAGAGCGUAUACAGAAAGUCCAGCAGAUAGCCAAUGAGAAGUUUAAUGGGAAUGGUAAAAUAACUUGGUAUAUCAUGACAAGUGUUCCAACAUAUGAAGCAACACAGAAGUAUCUGACUGAAAAUAAUUACUUUAAUUUGGAAAAGGAAAAUGUUGUUUUCUUUAAACAAGGCUUGAUGCCUUGCUUUGACUUUGAUGGAAAAAUCUUAAUGGAUGCAAAAGACAAGUUGGCUAUGGCUCCAGAUGGCAAUGGAGGCAUUUACCAAGCACUUAAGAUAAGUGGUAUAUUAGAUGAUUUCCAAACUCGAGGUAUCCAAAAUAUUCAUGUACACAGUGUUGAUAACAUACUGACAAAGGUGGCUGAUCCGACUUUUAUUGGUUACUGCAUAGAGAAGGGUUCAGACUGUGCAGCAAAAGUCGUAAAGAAGUCUUCACCACAUGAAGCUGUUGGAGUCAUUUGCAAAGUUAAGGAUAAAAUCCAAGUAGUGGAGUACAGUGAGAUUUCCCAGGCACAAGCAGAAUCUACAAAUCCUGAUGGCAGUCUCAUCUAUAAUGCUGGAAAUAUUUGCAAUCACUUCUUCACUGCAGACUUCCUCAGGAAGGUAGCAAAUAAGGAUAUGCAAGUACAUGUUGCCAAAAAGAAGAUUCCAUAUAUUAAUGAUCAAGCUGAGAUUAUCAAACCUUCAACACCAAAUGGAAUUAAAGUUGAAAAAUUUGUAUUUGAUGUCUUCCAGUUCAGUUCUCAUUUCGUCGUUUGGGAAGUUCCUAGGGAUACUGAAUUUAGUGCAUUGAAAAAUGCUGAUUCUGCUGGAAAAGACUGUCCCAGUACAGCUAGAAGAGAUUUGUACAGGUUGCACAAGAAAUACUUGGAGGAGGUCAAAGCUAUAGUUGUCGGGGAUGAAGUUGAGAUCUGUCCAUUACUAUCAUAUGCUGGGGAGGGAUUAGAACAGUACUCUGGAAAACAGAUUAAUUCGCCUAUGCAUCUUGUAUAAUCAGAUCUAAUUAUAAAUAUAACAACUACCACUAUUGACGUCUGACCUACUUUCAAUAUUUGUACUUAAAAAUAAUGUAAUAUUUAAAUAAACUCUGCUAUUUUAUAAAUAAACAAAACAC